GAGCGGGCUGAGUGUGUGUCUGAAACAGACAGCCUCUGACCGCCACUUUCAAACUAACAUCCAUGAAUCUGUCCGGGCUUUUCGUUCAAAACAACUAGCGCCACUCGACACUGUUACGGAGCUGCAUGUGUGCUGGAUUUAAUACUGGUGGUAGGUCAUAUGACACAAAGGUACCAGCUGUUGCUUCAAGUGUUUACAGAAGAUUAACACUUUGACAAGUUAAGGUGGUCCAGAAGAUGUUAAAGAAAUGAUAGCAGCACCAGAAUUACAAGCGGAGUUUCAUUAUCCCCAGGACACAGACACACGAUUCUCAUCAGAUACAGACUUUGAUGAUUCUGAUGGGAGAAAUGCUGUUCAAGGGAAAGGAAAGGUGAAAAAGGGGAAGAAGGCCCCUGGAGAGAAGGGGAAAGGAGGUGGAAAGGGCGCUGGUCGCUUAAAUGGACACCAUCAAGAGAAUGGCAUGGAGAAUAUCAUGCUAUUUGAAGUGGUCAAGCUGGGAAAGAGCGCCAUGCAGUCUGUCGUGGACGAUUGGAUUGAGUCCUACAAACAGGACCGAGACAUGGCUCUCCUUGAUUUGAUCAACUUCUUUAUCCAGUGUUCUGGCUGUAAAGGUGUUGUGAGUGGCGAGAUGUUUCGGCACAUGCAGAACUCUGAGAUCAUCAGAAAGAUGACUGAAGAAUUUGACGAGGACAGUGGAGACUACCCACUCACAAUGGCUGGGCCACAGUGGAAGAAGUUCAAGUCCAGUUUUUGCGAGUUCAUUUCUGUAUUGGUCCGACAGUGUCAGUACAGCAUCAUCUAUGAUGAGUAUAUGAUGGACACAGUCAUCUCCCUGCUCACCGGUCUGUCAGACUCCCAAGUGCGAGCCUUUAGGCACACCAGCACACUAGCAGCCAUGAAGCUGAUGACAGCUCUGGUGAAUGUGGCACUGAACCUCAGCAUUAACAUGGACAACACUCAACGCCAGUAUGAGGCCGAGCGAAACAAGAUGAUCGGCAAGCGGGCCAGUGACAGGUUGGAGCUGCUCUUACAGAAACGCAAGGAGCUACAAGAAAAUCAGGAUGAAAUUGAAAAUAUGAUGAACGCUAUUUUCAAGGGAGUUUUCGUGCACAGAUACCGUGAUGCAAUAGCAGAGAUACGAGCAAUCUGCAUCGAGGAGAUUGGGGUGUGGAUGAAAAUGUACAGUGACGCAUUUCUCAACGACAGCUACCUGAAAUAUGUAGGCUGGACCAUGCACGACAAGCAAGGUGAAGUGCGAUUGAAAUGCCUCACAGCUCUGCAGGGCCUCUACUACAACCGAGAGCUCAACGCCAAGUUGGAGCUCUUUACCAGCCGCUUCAAGGACCGCAUUGUUUCCAUGACACUGGACAAAGAGUAUGACGUCGCCGUGCAAGCAAUAAAACUACUCACACUGGUGUUACAUAGCAGUGAUGAGGUGCUGACAGCGGAGGACUGUGAGAGUGUCUACCACCUGGUGUACUCAGCCCACCGGCCGGUCGCUGUGGCUGCUGGAGAGUUCCUCUUUAAGAAAUUGUUCAGCCAUCAAAACAUAGAGGAUGACAGCAUGCCUAAGAGACGAGGUAGACAGAGUCUGAAUGCAAAUCUCAUGAAAACUACUGUUUUCUUCUUCCUAGAGAGUGAGCUCCAUGAACAUGCUGCAUACCUGGUGGACAGCAUGUGGGACUGUGCCUCCGAGCUGCUGAAGGACUGGGAGUGCAUGAUCAGUCUUCUGCUGGAUGAGCCCUUGCCUGGAGAGGAAGCUCUGACGGACAGACAGGAGACGGCCCUGAUUGAGAUCAUGCUCUGUACCAUCCGCCAAGCUGCAGAAUGUCAUCCUCCUGUGGGCAGAGGCACUGGCAAAAGGGUAUUGACAGCAAAAGAGAAGAAAACACAGCUUGAUGACCGGACACGAAUGACUGAACUUUUUGCAGUGGCAAUGCCACCUUUACUUGCAAAGUAUUCAGUUGAUGCAGAGAAGGUGACCAAUCUUCUGCAGUUACCACAGUUCUUUGAUCUAGAGAUUUAUACGACAGGGCGGUUGGAAAAGCAUCUGGAAUCACUGCUGAGACAAAUCAGGGAGAUUGUGGAGAAGCACACUGACACUGAUGUGCUGGAGGCCUGCUCGAAGACCUACCACGCCCUCUGCAACGAGGAGUUCACAAUCUUCAACAGGGUAGACAUCGCCCGCAGCCAGCUCUUGGACGAACUGGUGGACAAGUUCAAUAAGCUGUUGGAAGACUUUCUUCAGGAGGGAGAGGACCCAGACGAAGAUGAUGCUUAUCAAGUCCUAUCCACGCUAAAGAGGAUCACUGCUUUUCACAAUGCUCAUGACCUCUCGAAAUGGGAUCUGUUCACCAGCAAUUAUAAGUUACUCAAUACAGGCAUUGAGAAUGGGGAUAUGCCUGAGCAGAUUGUCAUACAUGCGCUGCAGUGUACACACUAUGUGAUUCUCUGGCACUUAGCCAAGGUCUCUGAAGGCAGCUGCAAAAAAGAGGAUAUGGUGACUUUGAGGAAACAAAUGCGAGCGUUCUGCCUGAUGUGCCAGCGAUAUUUAGCCAGUGUCAACACCACUGUGAAAGAACAGGCCUUCACCAUCUUGUGUGACCUGCUGAUGAUCUUCAGUCACCAAAUCAUAUCUGGAGGGAGGGAGGUGCUAGAGCCUCUGGUUUACUCACCAGAGGCCUCAUUGCAGUCUGAGCUGCUCAGCUUCAUCUUAGACCAUGUAUUCAUUGACCAGGAUGAAGAUAACAACAGCACAGAUGGGCAGCAGGACGAUGAAGCAGGCAAAAUAGAAGCUUUACACAAGAGACGCAACCUGCUUGCUGCUUACUGCAAGCUCAUCAUCUACAAUGUGGUGGAGAUGAAGACUGGCGCUGACAUAUUUAAGCAGUAUAUGAGGUAUUAUAAUGACUAUGGUGACAUCAUCAAGGAAACCAUGAGCAAAACAAGACAGAUUGAUAAAAUUCAGUGUGCAAAGACGCUCAUUCUGAGCUUGCAGCAGUUGUUCAACGAGAUGCUGUCGGAUCUGGGCCCAGGCUUUGACCGCUCAUCUUCAGCCUUCUGUGGCAUUAAAGAGCUGGCCCGUCGGUUCUCUCUCACUUUUGGUCUGGAUCAACUCAAGACCAGAGAGGCUAUCGCCAUGUUACACAAGGAUGGUAUUGAGUUUGCCUUUAAGGAGCCAAACCCUCAAGGAGAUGGAUAUCCCCCUGUAAACCUGGCCUUCUUGGACAUCCUCAGUGAAUUCUCUUCCAAGCUCAUGAGACAGGACAAACGCACUGUGCACAUGUAUCUGGAGCGCUUUAUGACGUUUCAGAUGGCAUUGCAAAGGGAAGACUGCUGGCUCCCACUCAUCUCCUACAGGAACUCUCUGCAGGCUGGCGGUGAUGAUGAUACCAUGUCUGUGGUGAGCGGCAUCAGCAGCCGUGGUUCCACCAUUCGCAGCAAAAAAGCCAAGCCUGUCACAGGCAAGAGGAAACUGUCUGAAGCAGAGGAAAGCAGCAGCAGCAGUGAGGUGUGGCUGAACCGAGAGCAGAGCAUGCAGACACCGGUCAUGAUGCCUUCGCCGCAUCUCACCUCCACAGUCAUGCGUGAGCCCAAACGCCUGCGGCCUGAGGACAGCUACAUGGGAGUGUAUACGAUGCCAACUGAGCAGCAGCAACAGCAGCAUCCACAGCACCACACACACCCGCACACACCCCAGCCUCACCAUCACCAGACCCCCAUGGACUACAACACGCAGGUAACUUGGAUGUUGGCCCAAAGGCAGCAGCAGGAAGAGGCCGCUAGGCAGCAGCACGAGAGAGCCAUGAACUACGCCAAACUGAGGAGCAACCUGCAGCAUGCAAUACGUCGAGGAUCAGGCCUAAUGGAAGACGAUGAGGAACCAAUUGUCGAGGACGUAAUGAUGUCAUCAGAAAGCCGAAUUGAGGAUCUCAAUGAAGGCAUGGACUUCGACACGAUGGAUAUUGAUCUGCCUGCCUCGAAGAAUCGACGAGAGAGAACAGAAUUGAAGCCAGACUUUUUCGACCCAGCCUCCAUCAUGGAUGAGUCUGUAAGGACCACUCAUUUCCUGGGUUAUGAUGCUUUUCAGCGGUAAUGCGGGGCGAACAAAGCUCCACUCUAUGGCCAUGAGAGAGCACCACUAGAUGGCACUAAUAGGAGUGAUUUCUAAAAGACAGCUCAGUUCUACAGUUUACUCCAUGUUGUGGAGUAUAAACAGCCUCAAUCUAAGAAAUGGUAACUCCAAUUAAAGAGAAUCAAGGGCCAUUUAUUUGGUAACACUGAACUCACACUGUAUUUAAACAUUUUCUUUUGUAGGCCAUUGGAGUACUCAUGUUUUAGGAUAAAAUAAUGGAGAAAAUCUUUUUUGGGAAAAAAAAAUCUUUUCUGUAAUAUUAAAUUGAUUUUGUAAAGAAAUAUACACAAGAUCAGUGUAGUAACUGGUUAAACAAAAACAUCUAUUCUUGUUCACUAGAAUCUUAAAAGAUGAUGUAAUGGCUUAGUCAUUGAGUAAGCGUUCCCUCUUAAUGCAAAAUGCUGGGGGGCCGAUUGAAUGCCAUGGAUUGUUGGACUGUUCUUUGCCAUGUAUAAAUAUAUAAAAAUAUAUUUCAAAGUUGAACGUCAUCUUGUGUGAAGAAGUGUAUGUGAGCUCUCCUAGAGUUGUGGUAUUUCUUGAAACCGGGGUGAAUGCAUCUUUUUUUUUUUUUUUUUUUUUUUUUUUUUUUUUAACUUAAAGAUAACUAUGUUAUGUAUAGCCCUUUUGUAAUAGUGAGUAAUCAGGUGUAAAGUAGUAAUUUAUAAGCAGGUUAUUGCUCAUCAUAGUGAGUGAUGUGAUAUAUUUUAAUCUUCUUAACUAAUAUGUAAAAUGGAGGACAUCCUCCACCUCUUUAUAUCUAGUGUUUAGUUUCGUUCACCUCCCUUUGAGAACGAUAACAAAAAUGCAGCUCAUAGUGUCUGUUAAUAACGGUGAAAAAAUCAGAAACAUGAAGCUGAGUGUAUGUUGUCCCACAAAUCAUCUCCCCAAAUAUUAGAUCCACCCCUUCAAAGGGCAAAACCAAGGAAUCAAAAGGAAAUCUCUCCAGUAGUGCCAUUGUGUUUGUCUCGAAUUAAAAGCAAAGAUUACUGUAGUAAGUCUGCUCCAUUGUCUUCUCCCUGAUAUUCAGCUGAACAGUGAUGUAGACAUGUACUUUAAAAUAAAGUUAAAUAAUUAAAGAUAAAAGUAUCAAUUGGUGCUGAUUUUAUAACUGCGUUUAGGACUUUUCUUACUUUUAAGCUCCAAUUUAAAGUUGAAAAGGAAAUUUUAAAAAAAGUAUAUUAACGUUAAAGCAUGUAGCCAAGCACCAAGGAGGUAUUUUUAUUUGCAUUUUAUAUGGUGUUUUGUUUGUGUGUUUGCUUUUUGACAGGUUUUCGGGUUUUUACAUUUUCCUAAAUGUAAAUUUGGUUGGCUAAGCUUCACAUUCAGAGUUAGUACAUUCAGCUUUAAUUUUUUUUUUCCAAUAUCAAAGCUUCAGUGUAACACAGUGUAAUACUCCAUUCAAACAUGAACGUAUUUCAUGUUGCUUUUGGGCAGCUCUAUAAAGUUAAAUUAACUCAUCUAGCUUGUAUUGAGAUAUUUGUAUUGAGAUAUCCUAACAUGUUUUGUCAGAGGAAUACCUUUUAAUCAUUCCAUUUCUUGGCCUUAAACACGCCUGUACAAAAGUUCUCAAUUUUUCAAUAUUAUGUUACUUUUCAUUUUUUUGUUUUGUGCAGAUUUCUAAUUAUUUUAGGACAGUGAUCACCAAGCCUGGUCUUGGAGAUCUACCUUCUGCAGUAAGCAGUUUGAACCCUAAACCAACACACCAGCGCCAAAUAAAUCAAUCUACCUGAUUAGCCUGUUUGAUUAGGGCUGGAACACAAUGCUGUAGAAGGACAGAUGUCUCAGACAGGGGUGAGCACUGCUGUAUAAGCCAUUUUCCCAAAUAGCAUGAGUGUAAUUUUUGAGUUAGAAAGUGCAACACAACUUAAAGAUCUAUGAAAACAAAGCCUCUGAAAACUGGCACCUGUGUCACUCACCACUACAUUGGCAAAACUGCUGAAUAGAUUGUGUAAAUAUACGUGCAUUUUAACAAAAACUUAAUUUUCUAGUGUUUUUUUUCCUGUUAAUGUUUAUAAACUUAUGAUCUUUUCCCUGUUCAAAGAUUUAUGCUGAUAAUUGUUUCCCUGUCCUGUCACCUACUGUACUGUUUCUGAUUUCUAUUUAUCUGGAGACAGUACGUUUUUGAAUAAAAGUAAACAAAUAUU